GGAGAGAACCUGGAAAACACGAUGGCAGCCUUUCACCAUGCGGUUAACAUAGGAACAGAUAUGUUGGAGCUGGACUGUCACCUGACAAAAGAUGAGCAAGUGGUGGUGUCCCACGAUGAGAACCUGAAGAGAUCAACAGGAGUCGAUGUCAACAUAUCUGACCUGAAAUACUCUGAACUUCCACCAUAUCUCUGCAAGUUAAGUGUCACAUUUCAGAAAGAAUGUCACUGCGAGGGAAAAGACAACCGUAUUCCACUCCUGAAAGAGGUGUUUGAGGCGUUUCCACAAACUCCUGUCAACAUUGAUAUCAAAGUGAACAACAAUGUGUUGAUCAAAAAGGUUUCAGACCUGGUGUGUCAGUAUAAGCGAGAGCAUUUGACGGUAUGGGGGAAUGCCAAUUACGAGGUUGUAUCAAAGUGUCUUAAGGAGAAUGCUGACAUUCCCAUCAUCUUCUGUUUGCAACGUGUCCUCCUGCUUCUUGGCCUGUUCUACACUGGCCUGCUGCCAUUCAUCCCUUUCAAGGAAGAGUUCUUGGAAAUUCCCAUGCCUUCAAUCAUCCUCAAGCUGAAAGAACCCCAGAAGAUGACAAGAAGCCAGAAGUUUAUUAUCUGGCUAGCUGAUGCAUUGCUAAUGCGGAAGGCACUUUUUGACCACCUCACUGCUCGGGGCAUUCAGGUGUAUAUUUGGGUACUGAAUGAAGAACAAGAAUACAAGAGGGCAUUUGAUCUGGGAGCAACUGGAGUGAUGACAGACUAUCCAACAAAACUUAAGGAAUUUUUACACAAUUACCCAGCCUAAAAGAAGAAAACCAAGGAAGUUCUUGCAGCACAGCUUGUGAGCCAAGGAUUUUCUUCAUUAAAAAAAGUUAAUUGAGCAGCAUACACAGAUCAUUGUGUUUGAAAGAUGAAAUUGGAUAAUCUAUUACCUUCUUGUCAAGUUGCUACCUAAUGUAAAGGUUGUCUAUUUAUUUUAAAACUUUUAAUUACAUAGUUUACAUUUGUAAAUAGCUCAUUUAGCAACAGUGCACUUCACAAAGAGCGAUGACUAGGAAGAAAGUUGCUGGGUAGGAUACCUGUAGAUGAUAAGCGCUAUUUUACCCAUCACAAGUGUUCCUAAGCAGAUGUCAAGACACGUCAGUUAUUCCAGUUACAUUCUAGUGGGCAGAAACUAAAGAAUUUCUGAAAGUGUGCCCUGUGUAUAUGCAUUUCUUGUGCUGCUUCUAGUUUUCAGAUAGCUUGUAGGGCAAAAAAGAAACACAA